AUGUCGUCCAAGGUCAAGGCCGGUCAGCUCUGGGGGAAGAACAAGGAUGAGCUCUCCAAGCAGCUCGAGGAGUUGCGAACUGAGCUCGCUCAGCUUCGCGUCCAGAAGAUCGCCAGCGGUGCCUCCUCGAAGACCAUGCGGAUCUCCGAUGUCCGCAAGUCGAUCGCCCGCGUCCUGACCGUCAUCAACGCCAACCAGCGCGCCCAGCUGCGUCUGUUCUACAAGAACAAGAAGUACCUCCCGCUCGACCUCCGCCCCAAGCUCACCCGUGAUCUGCGCCGCCGUCUCACCAAGCACGAGGCCACCCGCGUUACCGAGAAGCAGCGCAAGCGCCAGAUCCACUUCCCCCAGCGGAAGUACGCCGUCAAGGUAUGG